CAGACUGAGUCAACUAUGAUCUGUAAAACACGAAGAAGAAAUAGAAGUUUACAACAUUCGGAGCGCUUACCCUGAUAGCAAUCAGCACACUGAAAUCAAGCCGAAGUUUAAUUUAAACAUGGAAUAUUAUUUUUCCAUGUUUCCAUGCUUUCCGUUUUCUUAUUCAUUAAGAGCUCUUUUUACUGGAGCGCCUUCGGUGACAUUUAAGUAAAAAUAACCUUACUAAACGUUUAGUUAGCUAAAGGUUAGCCUGUUAGCUGCUGCUAAGUGUCGGUGGCUCGGGUUGAUCUCUUCUUUGACUCAAUGUCUGUCAGACGAACUCUGGUGCAAUGUACUGUGUUGUCUCUGCAAGAUACCUGCGUGUUUUAUCCAUGCUGUAAAGGUUGUUUUUCGAGGAUCGAUGCUGAACAACAUGAUGCGACGAGAUACAGGUGCUCCAAGUGUGGUUAUAGAUGUAUGAGGGAACAGAUUGAAUACAGAUACCGCCUCUCCUUGAGAGUAACCCGGAACAGAUGCAUAUUUGGUGUAACGGUGUUUGGAAACAGCUUGAACCAAUUUUUCGGCAUUCAUGCAAGUGGAUUACAGAAGUUAGUGGAGACUGAACCAUCAACAAGAUCCACGUUGUUGGUAAAGGCCGUCAAGGACUGUUUCAUUGGUAAACAUUUCAUCUUUGGUAUUAAGUUGAGUGGCGCAGAAAAUGGACGUUUCUUUGAAGGUCAUCAUACAAAUGGCUCUAAUAUCGGUGAAACAUCCCAGUUCAUUGCCAGUCAAAUAAUUCUACCGAAUGCUGAAAAUCUAGCAGGCUGUACAGUGGUCAGAUAUUAUCAGUGUCUUCUUCAGAAAGCCUCAGAAUUGGAGCCUGAUUGCAGCAAAUGCUGCAGACUUCCAGCAUCAAUCCUGUUCCUGAUUCCCAGUCAGUCUCCAACCAGCAGCUUCAGUAAUUCCUCUCUGUUUGCCUCUGGCUUUCUUUCCCAAUCCCUCCUAAGAUCAAAACACCAAGACUGCACCCUCUCUCCCACCCCUCCAUUUGAACAAUCACUUGGACUAUUGACUUCAUCAGCAGAGCAGGAAGAGGGCUGCAGUAGCCAGGAAAGUGUGGACGAGAACAGCAGACUUAAAGACAAUAGUACAGAAUCAUUUCCUUCAGAGAGCGGUGGCCUGGGGAGCCAAAAGGUGAAAACCCCUCCUCUCCCUUUGGAGCUCAGUUUUUAUGAUAGUCCAUCAUUUGCCAGAAAUUCAAACUCAUCUGUGAGAAGUGUUGUUGGAAGUAGCCUUGGUGUAAACACUUGGUGUGGUUCCUCCCAGCCCGGCCAGAACAGUUGCAGCCUCACCCAAAAGGAGUUUUAUACCAGACAACACACCCGAACACUUUUGUCAAGCUCUUUGGUUUGGGAGGAUUUGCCUUUCUCUGAGAGUCUUGCAGAGUUUUUAUGUGAAGAAAACAAGAAUGUUGAUGAUGUUGGUGAAACGGGACCAAGUCUGAAUGUCAACUAUCAGAAAAAAAUAAAAACUUUUCUGGAAAACACCAAGCUGGCUAGUGGAUCAACUUCUGCUAGUCAGAGAAAGGUGCAGGUAACCACAAGCAAUUCACUGAGUUUACUGGAUGUCACAAAUGUACUUUCCCCAGAUAGACGUGAUGGACGUGAUCUAUCUGAUCAAGUCUGUGAAACUCCUGUAAAAUCCUGUAAUCAGGAAGAUGACAAAGCUUCUUUGUGUUUGGAAGAAGAGCAGCAUGAGGGGGGCAGUUACAACUGCUCAGCUGACUUAUUUGGGAACUCUUUUAUGAUCAGCAUAAACACGGAGACGAGCAACGUAGAAAAUUUGAAGACAAACGUGGACACACCAUUUUCCAAGACUGGUUGUCAGCACUUGACAAAUAAACACACACAUGUCAGUCAUGUGACGCCACACAAACGGGAAGAAGCAAAAACUGAAUGCAGGAUCAGAAAUAGUUUAAUUCUACAAGAAACGCAUGAUUUCGAGUUUGUCCCUCCUUCUCAGUCCACCCCUGUCGUGAAAGUUCAUUUAACACAAUCACCUUCCUUCAAAAACUUAACGGGUGAGUCUACAAAAGAAAAUGUGACAGACAGCAUGACAUUCAGCAAACGAAGCCACAGACUUUCUCCAGAAAAGAGGUUCAGGAAACCAGAUAAGAAUAAAAGCCAUGUUCAGGUUGGGAAGCAUGGAAAGCUGCAGAGAAGGAAUUUAAACCUGGAGUCAGUGAAAUCAUUGAAUCCUAAACUCGAUUUACAAGCCAGUGAUGUGACUGUUUGUAAUUUGGAGGAUGAUGAAGGAAUUGUUGCGCCUACACCUGCUGGGAAAACACAGCUGAGCAUGUCACUCAGAAGAAGACGGCAUUCUGAAAGCAGCAGCAGUGAUCUGGGUUCUUCCUGGAGGGGACGUCAGGAAGAUGGAGUUGAUUUGAAAAGACCUGUCUUGGAUCAAACUCUCACAUCAUCACAUAGAGGUCUGCCACAAAAAGGAGACUCUGCUAAUGAGACAGUCUUUAAAGGGGUUCUCGAUGGAUCUGAUGUUGACGAUGAGAGCCAGACCUGUGAUUGGUCUAGAGACCUGUUCUCUGAUUCGAUCUGAUUGGCUCUUUGUCACAUUGAAUUUAAUGUUUGUUUUAUUUCAUGUUGGCAACCCAGUUAUGUUUGAGCUUGCUUUUGGAAGAGUGGCCCUGCUCCUACUGCUCUUACUGGUUGUGCUUUCUUGCACUUGUACAGUUUGUGUAGAAACAGAUUUAUUUUUUCAAUUUAUAUUUUAAAAUUAUUGAACUUCUAUAAAAGUUUAAAUGUGUAAAGAGGUUACACUGAAAAGAGAGAUGUGCACACAUUUCCAGAACACAAGUUAUUAUGAGUAAAACCAAAGUCACUGUGACUGUUGCAUUUUAACAUGCUGACACUUUAUAGUAAUUAUUUAUUUUUUUACCAAAGGGAUCAUAAUUGUCUCUGCCCAUAAAUAAGAAAAGUUGAUUAAGAACAAGAAAAAAAAUAAAUUUUAAGCAGUGCCUUAAAUUAUAAUAACUGACAGCUGCUAUGAGCCGGUUGUCCAACCCAUGAAAUUGUAAUUGUAAACUUCCUUCAUGUGAUAUUGAAUAAAGAUGACCCCCAUUCCCCCCACUCCCCUCCCCCCCACUCCUAUUUUUAAAUCAGUUUUCAACUUCCUGUCGUGUUCUGGAAAGUUGUUAAUGGACUCAACGUUAUGGCUGUGGCCCAAGUGUGAGAACGUGGUUGUCAUUAUGGCUGUGUUGUGUAUGUAUAUUUAGACAGAUGUGAUGUCUCAUCUGCUGCUGUAGGAACAGCUGAAAUGAAAGAUUUGUGAUUCUGAAACAUUAUUUUUUAUUGUGCCAAACAAAUUACUUAUUCAGAUGUAGGGGCAGAAAAUGGAGCAAAGGUCCUCGGCAUGAAUGGAAAGGGGGGGUGUCGCACUUCUGGUCACAUCCCUACCGUCAACAACUGGGUCUGUCCAGUCUGGUAUGAGUCAUGCUACUCCCUGGCACUGCUUUGGCUGCUUCCACAGCUCUUAAGCAAGCGUGCUGUUCUGGUGCCAGUGCUUGUGUUUUUACAAGGCCAUUUAAGUAGGGAUGAAUGUGGACAAUGUCAUGCUAAAGGAGGUAGGAAUAUCAGCUAUGACCACUGGUCUAGAUUUAGGAGUUAAAAGAAAGAGAGCAAGGUGAAGAUGUUACAUAGAUGUGUAAAUAUAGAAACUGGACAGCAAGUACUGGUACACAGCUGGAGCCUUGUACUGUAUGUGUUGCAGAAACAAGGCUGGUGUGUGGUCAGAUGAGAUUGGCAUGAUUGUGUGUGUGUGUGUUUUGUCAUGGGUCAGGGCUGUUUACUCAGAGCGUGCAACCAGAAAGGCAUUUUGAAUACAUCAAGUAGACUCCUGAUUUUGAUGGUAUCCUAGCUUUCUUUUAACUUGUGCAGGAAACUUGACAACUUAAUAACUGCCAUGAAAUUUGGUACAGACGUUUUUUUAAAUGAAUCCAUGUGAUGAUGUGGAUCGGCACUGUUUUUGUUGUUUUUUUGUUAAAGACACUAAAAAGCCCAGAAGAUUACUUCUGUUUCUCUGCUGUUAACAAGCUUUUUUCAAUCUCUUAAGAGCUCCAUGCCUGAAAUGGAAACAGAAAAUGCUAAAGACAGCAUCAGAUUAAAAAGACCAGUAGUGUAUAAAGCAGAUAAAAAAAAAAAAAAACUGCUGUUAAUGAAUCUAAAUUUACAUUUGCUUCUGCACAUUUUUCCUUUACAACAAAAAUCCAGACGUGUUGAUAAUCAAAUGUGUUCUGACAUUUUUUUGCAGGUAACUGCUUAGAUCAGCUGGUACUGCAUAUUUAACUGUAUGAGUAUUGAAGGGUCCACUGGACCAAUGCCAGCUUGUACUGACUGCAGGCGUCUGCUUUUGUAUAGGCUGAAACGUACUGACUGUGUAGUAUGUUCAGACAAGGCUUCUGCUGAUUAAGAGCCCCACAGCCCAACUUGUGUUUAGGAAGAAAAAUAAAACUUCUACCUUGUACUAGAUGUUAGCAAGUAUUGUUAGUGAUGAGAGUACUUGAUGAGCAUGUGACACUAUAACAUUCAGCAUGAGAAUUUAUCCUUCAACAUUUCUCGAACAGAAAGAAUGUGACCAUCUUCCACAUUUGGUGGGGAAAUGAACUGAUACGAAUCUUGUUGCCCACUUUGAAACUAAUGAUAGUAAUUUUGUGGUGUCACGUUGAAAACGUCUGAAAUCUCCAUGAUUCAGUUUUUUCAGCUUCUUUCCAGCAGCCAAUAUUUAAAAAUGAAAAAAAUCAUACCUACAACUCAGUAACCUGUCAGGAUCAGCUUUAUUGAUAAACCUUUUGAACAAGGAACUUGUCUUUGGUUUUAAGGCAUGGAGGGGUAAUAAGAUUUUACUUUUGGUUCAGGUACCAGUAAGAAUACAAAGAUGUUUGAUUUUAUGUACUACUUCACUAAAAGUGGUGAGUUAUAAAUGGGACUCAUCUAACCAUUAAUUACUUCUUGUAACUCAACUCUUAGACAGUGGAAGUUUUAUGAGUUCAGUCCAAGAACGUGGUGUGUUUCCAAAAGCCGUGGCUGUAUCUGUGACCACAGGGGACACUCUCUUCUGCAUGCAACUGAUACAGCACAUGAGUUAUGUCACUGCAUACUGGGUGAACGGAAAGACUCGAGGCCACUAUGUGUCGAGCCUACAUGGGCCGCUCUGUGAAAGAGACCACAUUAUUUCAAUUCUUAAAUCCUCGCCCUGGCUUCCAGUUCCAAAUAUAGAAUUGAAUGUAAGCCGCUACUCAUGGCCUGUAAGUCUCUCAAUGGUUUUGGCCAGUAAUACACAAACAUCUUGUAUAUGCAAGGACCAGUCAGCUUGUACUGUACAGAGUUCAAACUACACAUGGUGAAAUGGCUUUGAGCCAUCAUGCUGCCCACUGCUGGAAUUCGCUUCUCAGUGUUUACUUAUUUUCUGAAUUUAGACUUAAAAAUGUUUUAUUUAAUGAACUUGUGCUUUUAUGUUUUGUAUUUUUUCUUUUCUUAUUGUGGUUAACAUUUUAAUGCUGUCAUGAAAAUUCUGAUGCAUUAGGCAAUGGAUUUUUAUCUAGUAUUUCUUCAUAUUUUACUAAUGCUUUGCUGUUUUUAUCAUAUUUUUAUACAUUCUGUAUAAAAAUGAUUAUGUACAGUAUAAUCUUGUCAUUUAUAUAUGUGAGAUAUAUGUGUUUAUAUA